AUGGCCGAGCCACUCUUCCUCCGUCCCGGCGUGGCCGCCGUGCGGUGCGCAAAACGGCUAUCUACGCCAUGCGGCAAUCGUAUACUUCGAGCACAACGCUGGCAAUACAAGACAACACGAGGAAUCGCGACCGCAGCCGCUGUCCAGGAGCCAGUCGUCGACUUUCCCAGCCAAUCGAUCGAGCUCCCUCCCCAGCAACCCGAACGCAACCGUAAAGACGACCUCAAGCACGCAAAGCCCUUCUCCGACUUCCUGACCGACACCUUCAACCGCCAGCACGACUACCUCCGCAUCAGCAUCACCGAGCGCUGCAACCUGCGAUGUCUAUACUGCAUGCCCGAGGAAGGCGUCCCCCUCUCCCCGCCCUCCCACCUCCUCACCACUCCCGAAAUAACCUACCUCUCCGCCCUCUUCGUAUCCCAAGGCGUCACCAAGAUCCGCCUCACAGGGGGCGAACCAACUGUGCGCUCCGACAUCCUGCCCCUCAUGCGCAGCAUCGGCGCCCUCCGCUCCCGCGGCCUCAAAGAGCUGGCUCUUACAACCAAUGGCAUCAGCCUGCACCGCAAGCUCGACGCGAUGGUAGAGGCGGGGCUCACAGGCGUGAACCUCAGCCUCGACACGCUCGACCCGUUUCAGUUCCAGAUCAUGACGCGCCGGCGCGGCUUCGAGGCCGUGAUGAAGAGCGUGGAGCGCAUCCUGGAGAUGAACAAGCUCGGCGCGGGGGUGAAGCUCAAGAUUAACUGCGUCGUCAUGCGCGGGCUGAACGAGCGGGAGAUAUUGCCGUUUGUGGAGAUGACGCGCGAUAAGGACAUCGAAGUGCGAUUCAUCGAGUAUAUGCCGUUUGAUGGGAAUCGGUGGAGUCAGGGGAAGAUGCUGCCGUAUCGAGAGAUGCUGGAGAUUAUCAGGGGGAAGUAUCCCGAGGUUAGGAGGGUGCAGGGGCAUAAGAAUGAUACGAGUAAGACGUUUGGGAUUCCGGGGUUUGUGGGUAGAUUGGGGUUUAUUACGAGUAUGACGCACAACUUUUGUGGGAGCUGUAAUAGGCUGAGAAUCACGAGCGAUGGGAACUUGAAGGUUUGUUUGUUUGGGAAUGCGGAGGUGUCGCUACGGGACCUGCUGAGGAAAGAUAACAGCGGGCUGCCGAUGGAUGAGCAGGCGUUUGAAGCGCUCAAGCAAGUCGAGAUGGAUAGGCGGCAGGGUUUGCUAGGGGAAACGCCGCUGGGCUUCAGCGCAAGAGAGAGAGAGCUGCUGGAUGUGAUUGGGAUGGCGGUUAAGAGGAAGAAGGAGAAGCAUGCAGGGAUGGGAGCGUUGGAGAACAUGAAGAACAGGCCGAUGAUCUUAAUUGGUGAGGUAGAUGAAGGCAAGCGCCUGCCCGCCAAACUACCUUUCCCUCCGCGGAUAUCUCUACGCCGAACGUCUUACAACAUCAUAGCCGCGCCAUCAUCCCCGUGGACCCUAAUUUCAACAACCCUCCUCCCAAGCAACCGCCUCCCUACGAUUCACUCGCUCACACACCACGCCCACUUCUCCACCACCUCCUGCGCCGCGAAACCCAGUCUUAAGACCACCUGGGUCUCUUCUCUCCGCUCAUCCCUCUCACAGCGCUCCGCCAGCGUCGACGCCGCUCCCACGCACACCUCAGGCCAGCAACUAGCAGCAAAGGCCGAGGACACACGCAACUUGCAGCGCAACAAGGGCCUCGUACGGCGGACCAACAACUCAGCUCCGCUGUGGGGAGGGCGAGGCCAGCAGUGGAAGAAGGUCGCCGGGAAGGGUUGGGAGCGGAAGAAGGCGAAGAUGGCUAGGAAGUGGGAGGGCAGGGAAGGGAAGUGGGAGAGCAUGGGAGGUGUGAUUGGGGUCGGGGAUAGUAGAAAAGGGGGGGCUGGGAAGGGGGAGAGCAAGAAAGAGGAGUAUGCGAGGAAGGCGGCGGAGAGGGCGGCGAGGCGGGCGGAGCGCAAACGUCAAGGUGAUGAGGCUGAGAUGGUAGCGGCGGAUGAGGCUGCUAUGGUUGGGAUGGAAGAGGGGGAGCAGGGGAUGGGGGAGAAGGGUGCGCUGUGGAAAGAUGCUGCAGUAACCCCGGAGCAAGAGGUGGAACAGGAGCAGCCGAGACCAGACCCGCCGGCGAGGUUGACGCGGCAGCAGCGGUUGAGAGCCAGAGCUGCCGGAAAAGGAAGAGAGAUGUCAGAAGAAGACGAUGCAUUCGAUACGCAGGGGGUUCGUGAGCCACGCCUGGACGUCCUGAUGAAGCGGAUUGAGAAGAGAGAGGCUGCGGGUCCGAUUGGGCGCAUGAUGGAGAUGGAGAUGGAGGCGAAGAUGGAUGAAGAGAUGGAGGAGAGAAACAAGCGGAGAAUGACGGUUUUGGAGGCGUGGGAGCGGGAAGUGGAGGCAGAGAAGACGGAGGCAGAGAAGACGGAGGCUGGGAAGGGGGGCAUUGAGAAGCAGGAGCCGCAGGAAAAGAGGACCAAGAAAGCGGAGGCUGAGAGCUCGCGUGACGAGCUUGAGCAGGAAUUAUGGAGGCAGUGGGCAGCUAACUCAGAGGCGUUUGAAUUGACGACAGCCUGGAUUCAAACCCACAACCCGGAUCCUGCGAUCUUUGUACCUAAGCCUCCGUGGACGAAAAGGGACAUUGCGGAAGCUAAAGGGGCGAAAGCCAUGUUGCUGAAAACUCAAAGGCAAAAGGCCAGGGAGAAUGGAGCUGAGAAGCUGCGUACGUGGAUGGAGAGGACAAAACCGACGGUUGAGAAAACGGAGACCGGGCCUGCCGAAGCUGAGAUGACCAAAUCUGGGAAGAUGCGAGCCGGGACAGAGGGACCUGACACCACCGACGCCCAGCAAAGAGCGGGCUUCGCAACGUACAACCCGCCAGUUAGGAAGAUUGGGGAGUAUAAGGGUAGGGGCUUAGCUGACGGCGAGCAUGAAGCGGAAACCCAGAUUCGUCGCAAGCAUACCGGCUCGCCGGCUGCAUCCAAAGCGCUGGAACCGGACACUGAAUCACAACGCAAAGCACAGGCUGACAAACCGUGGAAAUUGUAUGACAACUUCAUUGACUCUACUGACGACGUCGCCGAGUAUGCACCUGCGUCGACUGGGGGCGAAGAAACCAGUCACAGGAAAGCGGCGGCUGAGGGGAACAAGGACGCAUACAAGCCGGCGGAAGCUGAAAUAUUCGUGGUACAAGCGAAUGAAAACAAACCUACGUCUCUGGGAGUGACAAGAACCAAUAUUACAGCGCAGCGCAGGGCAGUUGUUGCCAAGCCAGCAAUACCGUUAAUAGACAGAACUGCCGAAGAUCCGUUCACGGAGAGUAAGACGACGAGGAAGAGGAAGGCUGCGCCGAAAGCGGACGAGAACGAACCCGACAUGCUGGUUGGUGAGAACAGCGAGGAGCCGGCUCUGACAAUUGAGCGAAGAACGGCGUCUGAGGAGGUGUUACGGGAUGCCCCUAAGCCGACAAUCCUCGCGCAUGGGGCUAUUUCGGAGGCAAAGAAAGAGUGGUUUCGCCUGCAGAUCAGUAAGAGGGACGGUCAGGUACGAGAGCUUGAAAAUCAGAUCAACAGCGUCGAGAAGUACGUUAGCUUGAUAGAGGAAAAGCGGCGGAGACGAUGGGGGGAGGCGGUGGCUGCCUCCCGACUACAAAACGUACGACGCCGAGUCCUUGACCUGGCAGAGAAGGUCUGGGAUAACCACGCAGCCAUCCGCGGCAUGAAAGGACAGCUGGGUGCAAUCAUGCUUCCUGUGCGGGCGCGGCAAGAAAUUCCUAGCAUGGAAGGGAAGGUCGAGGAAAGCGAGCAGACUCUCCGUAGCCUAGACGAAGAGGUGAUACGUGCUGGUGUCCUCAUUCGUGCUUUACGAGCUGGCCUGGUGCAGUUGACGCAAGCUAUGCCAGUUGUCGAUAAUACGACAACGACAGCAGUCCACGAUACGGCUGACAAGCCGCAUGCAGUCGCUUCCGUAGCUGAGAUGGAUGAAAUAUCUCCAGGGGCCGCGGAAUCCGGGGAAGCGAAGAGAGAAGAUUGCUUCACGAUUACAACUAUGGAUGGGUUCCUCGUACGUUACGAGAAAUAG